AUGGUGCGCGAAAUGGCUGAUACCGAGUUUGGGCCUAAAAAAAUGACGAAGAAAUCAAUUCAGGCGUCAUGCCGGAAGAACAAGCUCUAUCUGACGCCUCAUUUGAACGACGUUCUUUAUCUGCACUAUUCCGGUUAUAAUGCCAUCGAGUGUCUCGAGGAGUACGUGGGCCUCAAAUGUCUCUGGCUCGAGUGCAACGCCAUUUCCAGCAUUUCCGGGCUCGACCACCAGGCCCAACUGCGAUGUCUCUAUCUGCAUAACAACCUCAUCAAGAAAAUCGAGAACUUGGAGAACUGCAAGCAGCUGGAUACGCUGAACCUUUCCCAUAAUCACAUAGCGAAGAUUGAAAAUUGUGGAGGCGAAAUACUUCCUCUACUAAAUACGCUAAAUAUAUCCCACAACUGCCUGAAAUCGAUCGAGAGCAUUGCAGAGCUGCGAAAGUGUGAUUUCGUGUCCGUGCUGGACAUUUCGCACAACCGUAUCGAAGACAUAGCGAUCGUCAAGGUUUUAGGCGAAAUGAAAGGGCUUCGUGUGCUGACGAUGACAGGAAAUCCGGUUGUCAAUGAAAUACCCUCUUAUCGCAAGACGCUCGUGCUGGAAUGUAAAUCACUCACAUAUUUGGAUUCUCGGCCGGUUUUUGACAAAGAUCGAGCGUGUGCCGAAGCCUGGAAACGUGGUGGCUACGAAGCGGAACGGAAGGAACAUUUGCACUGGAAAAAGGAAGAGCAACGCAAAAUGCGACGUAGCAUAAACGCAACGUUACGUUUACGACACCGAGGAGCCGGGGAACCUGAAUUGCUGAAAACUAGCAGCGACGAGGAAUCGGAUGAAGGAAAGGACCGCAAGCUUGAGGAACAAGAAGGCUUACCACAGGAGGAGUAUCAAUCCAACGAGCUGGCAUGGAAGGAAAUGGAAGACCUGUUCAACCAACACACCAGUGCGCUGUCACGAUCGUUACCAUCUGUUCCGUCAAAUACUACUCAGGCUUUCGCCUCACGAUCAUUUGAAAAUGAAGCACAGUUUGUUGCGGAGAAACCAUAUAAUGAUGGUAUGCCAAGGGCGCUUAUUGAAGAAAUCACGAUAGAUGAGUAUGUGGAACUGAUUGCAGACAAGACAGCUUUUGAAGACGCCGCUAACAAUUCGUCGAAAUUAGCAGAAGAACUACCAGAAGAAGCUAAAGACCCUGCUUGGAUAGAUAAUCCUAGUAUAAAAGCGGAAAGCAAUGAAGCUGGUGUGGAAGAAAAAGAUGAAAAUGCAGAUAAUGCAUCGGAAGGACACGGUGCUAAUGAAGUAUCACACAGAGAAGCAAUGAAGGUAGUAAUAGAUGAAAUAUUGGAUGAAUCAAAAGACGUUGUUUCAAGCAUCAUACUUGCCUCAGAUAGUAAUCAAGCAUCAAAUGAUCAAGCAGAAAUCGCAAAACCAGUAGUAGCCGAUGGCAAGCGAGACGCUCGACUUGCGUCCGCUGAAGAAGAUGACACCUUGAACGUGGUAAUUCAUUCGAAGGAGAUUUCUAUAACGAUGCAGCCGUCCAAUUGCGAUGCAAGAGAGUACCCACUUGAGCUGCAAGAUGUUAACGAGCAGAGUGGUGAACGAAAGGAUUCCACCACUUCGGUAGAUUCUGUCAUGGGAUCCGACUCGAACUCCGACCCCACACUAGUGACCGAUUGUGAUAGAUGUGUGCAAGACGGUAGCUUGGCGAACUCGUCCCGUACGGACACUUCCUCAGACAGUGAGGAUAUGUUUGACAAGAUAGUGCCGAAGAAACACCGCAAGCUGGCAUCUGCCGUGCGAGCCAGCGAUUCGUCGACCAGCAGUAGCUCGGAAUCAGCGGAUGAAGCCGGCGGCUGUAAGCUGGACAGUGUGCUAGACCGUCAGAACACGAUCACAGAGUUCAUCGACGAGUAUAAACGCUUUUUCCACUCGGUUGAUUUGCGUGAUCCAAAGUGCGUUUUGAAAAACCGCCACAAGCUCGUGCGUCCUCAGACGGCGAAGGUACAGCGUACGGAACCCCUGGUGUAUGAGGGUGUAUUGAAGACGAUAGAACGCAACUCGAAUGAGGCCAAGAUCGAGCAGGCACGUCAGGAGCGAGCGAUGGAAGAUCGCAGCCUUGCGAAGGACACUGUGUUCGAGCGGUUGUUGAAAGGACACGCGACGGUCAACAUGAACAUCGAACAUCAGGCGAUAUCUAUCGGCGGGAAAGAGCACAACUUCCAGGAGUACCGGUUGGAGAUGUUCCGCAAAGAUCAAGAGAAGCUGCAGACGUUGAUUGAUCGUGUCACGGCGCAGAAGGACAAGUACAACGCGCACAUCGAUAGCAUUCACGAUCAGCUGGCAAACAUCAUGGAUGAUUACGGGCAGAUCAGUGAGAAGUUGCGGAAGGUCGACGACAUGAUACAAACGAUCGGUGAAGAUGUCAACAGCGAGGGAAGAGAGGCCCUCCUGGACUGUGCUGCAGGUGGACAAGCAAUUGCUAAUGUUAUCAACGAGCCCUUGACACCUGCACUGAGCUUCAGAGCAACUCCCGAUCUCGCAGCAACGAUCGAUCCGGAAAUAGUCGAUCAUCUAUCGUCUGAAGAAUCAGCUGAAGACAAAUUUGAGGUACCUCAGACACCUAAGAUCGGAAGCGCAUCAGGUGAGCCACAGAAACGUGAUCCCCUGACAGAUAAGUUCGGAUCCGAUCCCGUGUACCGGAAGUUCAUCGACAUCCAAUACGAGAUCGAUAAGCUAACGGAGGACGAGAUCUUCUGUGCACUCUCUGAAGCGGCCCGAGAACUUCACGAAGAGGAGCUCGAGGCUCAGCUACUUCAUGACGCCGUCGAUGAGUACUGGAAUCCGGACACUGACAUCGACGGGUUCCGCCGAUGCUUGAAUCUCGACGCACAUCCCGUCAUACAACGGUUCAAGCACUUCAUCGAGUACCAGGGCACCGAUACGGACGAUACGGACACGGAAGCGCACGUCCAGAAACUGGAGCAAGCCUACCGUAAGUAUGAGCGUCGUCUUUCGAACCAUCUCUUCGACGAGUAUCUGAUCCUAAGUCGCAAGGCGAGCAUUGCAACGACCACCGGAGGGGAAUCGAGUGCAGCCGAAUUGGAGCUGAUCGACCUUGAGUCGGGUUGCGUGCGGCGAGCGUCCACAAGCAGACGUUCUACGGCUUGGGAUAUGAAGGAUUCCUUCGAUGAAGCUUUCGCCGAGGUGGACGAGGCCAUCGAGCCAAUUCCUAGCGCUUGUCAAGCGCUUGAAGAACCAAAGCCCGAAGAACUGGAAGAUGACGAGUCAAGGCCAGAAGUCAACCACCGUACACCAGACGAGAGAUCAGAGGAUCCGAUCGCAGAGGUGGACAAACCGGAGUCGUGUUAGAUGACCACCGUUAGUUGUACCAAGCCAGAGAGGCUUUCUUAAUGUUAC